AUGACUGUCCGAAUCAUCAGCAGCUCAGCUGCCCGCCGGGCCGUUGCGGGAUCUGCACCUGUGACAGUUGCUUGCCGGGCCGCAGCGCGACAGGCCACCAUCAUCACAACAACAACAACAACAUGUCUUCGUCACAAUAGCACAUCAUCCACAUCAUCUACAUCAUCAUCAUCAUCUUCCACACAAACCGCCGCCGCCGGCCGGGACUCAGGCGUGUACACAGUGCCGCACAAUGUGACAGACUUUGGUGCAUACUGGCGCAAAGACACGCAGAAGGCUAUCGAUCCUGCAGAGGCUGCCAAGUCACCUGCGCUAGUUGCAUUGCAGGCACGAUUGGAGCUGCGGGACAUUGUUCCCCUCGAAACGCUGGCGCGCACUCUUAUUUGUCAAUCAGCACAGACUGAGUACGUGGAUAACCUGAGCAUGGCUUCGUUCGGCAAGAACCUACUUAACUAUUAUCUUUACGAACAUUUUAUGGUGACUUACCCACGCCUGACUCCAGCCGUUCUUCAGCAGACCACUGAUCUGUAUCUGUCGACCCGUGUACUGGCCGAGUUUGCUCUAUCAUGGGGUGUGGAGGAAGACACACGGUCUGCACUGGCACGAUACCUUGCCGAGGAUGACGCCAAUGAAACCACUCGCUCGCUUUUUGGUAAAUUAAGAUACAACCCGACCGUGGCCAAGAAGGAGAAUGGUGUUCUGCAACUGCUGUCUGGCAACGAAAUUAGCCAUGGCCGCAAUGGUGCACUGGCUACAUUUGUACGUGCCCUUGUUGCUGCUGUGUACUCCCAUGGUGGCCUCGACACAGCCAAGGCAUUUGUGCACUCGUACAUUAUCAAGCCCAAGAAGAUUGAUUUGGCAUCCAUGCUUGUGUUUGAGCAGCCCACACGUGAACUUUCACGAUUGUGUGCUCGUGAGCAGCUGGAACAGCCUGUGUCGAGAUUGCUUGUUGAGACUGGUCGUUUUUCAUCGCACCCACUCUUUGUUGUUGGCGUUUUUUCUGGUACUAGCAAACUUGGAGAAGGCCAAGGUGCAUCACUGGUGGAAGCCAAAACUCGUGCAGCCGUGAAUGCUCUUAAGGCUUGGUACCUUUACACACCACUCAAUGUGGAGCUUCCUAGUGAUAUUGAUUCUGCGGAGAAGGCAGAAGGAUACAAGGGGGCUUUUGUUGAUAAGGGCAGUGUUAUUGUUUAA